CCGCCCCCUAGCCGCUCCUCCCCGCCCGGUGACUACAAGCCCCAUCCUGCCCUGCGCUCAUGCACAUUACGCCAGAGCAAGAUGGCCGACGCGGCGGCCACUGCCGGGGCUGGCAGCUCCGGAACGAGAUCAGGAAGUAAACAGUCCACUAACCCUGCUGAUAACUACCAUCUGGCCCGAAGGCGAACCCUGCAAGUGGUUGUGAGCUCCCUGCUGACAGAGGCAGGGUUUGAGAGUGCUGAGAAAGCAUCUGUGGAAACAUUGACAGAGAUGCUGCAGAGCUACAUUUCAGAAAUUGGGAGGAGUGCCAAGUCUUACUGUGAGCACACAGCCAGGACGCAGCCCACACUGUCAGAUAUUGUGGUCACACUUGUCGAGAUGGGUUUCAAUGUGGACACUCUCCCUGCUUAUGCAAAACGGUCUCAGAGGAUGGUCAUCACUGCCCCUCCAGUGACCAAUCAGCCGGUGACCCCCAAGGCCCUCACUGCAGGACAGAACCGACCCCACCCGCCACACAUCCCCAGCCAUUUUCCCGAGUUCCCCGACCCCCACACCUACAUCAAAACUCCGACGUACCGUGAGCCUGUGUCGGACUACCAGGUCCUGCGGGAGAAGGCCGCGUCCCAGAGACGAGACGUGGAGCGGGCACUCACUCGUUUUAUGGCCAAGACCGGCGAGACCCAGAGUCUUUUCAAAGAUGACGUCAGCACGUUUCCCUUGAUUGCUGCCAGGCCUUUCACCAUCCCCUACCUGACCGCUCUUCUUCCGUCUGAGCUGGAGAUGCAACAAAUGGAGGAGACGGAUUCCUCGGAGCAGGACGAGCAGACAGACACAGAGAACCUCCCUCUUCACAUCAACACGGAUGAUUCUGGAGCCGAGAAGGAGAACACCUCUGUCCUGCAGCAGAACCCUUCCUUGUCGGGGAGCCGGAACGGGGAGGAGAACAUCAUCGAUAACCCCUAUCUGCGGCCUGUGAAGAAACCCAAGAUCCGCAGGAAGAAAACCUCCUUACUUCUCACCUCACCUGGGCUCCACGUGCCCCGUAGAGCUGAUCGAAGGUUGACUUUCCCUCCUUUAACAUGUUGGAAACAGGAGGCCCACCCGUCGCAGCCUCAGUCUGGGGCCGGCAGGAGUCAGGAGGCAUAAGCAGAUGCGUGUGGAGUAGAAUGAAAGGCAGUACUGACUCUCAUCGGCAUCUGAUGAAAGCUCCCUAAAGCAGGGCAGCACCCUCUCCUGAGGGGUUUAUCAUUUACUGUCCCUCUGUGGACCAUGUGCUUGGAAACAACCAAGUUCUGCCCCAUCCUGGGAAAAGAGAUUUUCUUUGACAAGAGCCUACAUCAGUGGAUAUAUUAUGCUGUGAUUUGAUGGAGGAAUCACUGGUUUUAUGCAGUAGGAAAAGGAUUUGCUGGGGGGUGGGAGGUGGCGGGGAUGAGAUUUUGAAGGCCGGGCUUAGCCUCAUGUUCUGAAAGCUGAGAAACCUGUUUGGUCUGCUGGAAGUUGGCAUGGAUGGAAGGCCACGUGCCCACCUAUACCUUGCAGAAGUGGGCCAAGAAGAGCCUGCAGGUCUGAAUCUGUCCAGCCUCUUUGCCUCUUUAUCCUUUUUUGCCCUACAAACCAAAAAAGAAAGAUGCUGGGCAAGCUGGUACCUUUUGACUGUUCUCCAGAGGAAGAGGUUGUAAAACCAAUUUGGAGGAAGAGAAAUGCCAGUGACACCUGGAGGUUAACACAGGGUAAAGGAGGAGAAUCCUGGGUUAGUGUCCUAAGGUCCAUACUGAGCUCUUCUGAUACUCGGCUUCCACAGUCAUCUCUUAACCUUCCGUCCUCUUGGUGAAUUUGAAAACUCGAAAAUCCUGGUGACUUGACAGCAGGCUCCACGCUCCUCUGGCCUCACUGUUCUCUCAGCAUUUCAUCCCACUGGCUGGAAGGAAAGUGCUGCUCGUCAGCACCUGAAGAGAGGAUACUGAGUGAGAAAAUCGGAUUCCCCAGCUCUGCACCAAAUAAGAGUUCUUCCGGUUUGUAGUGACCUGAGACUCCUCCAGUUGAAAGUAGUCAGAUCGGGCCUCUGCUGACCCCCUCUGAGCUUGUCAGUUGGCUCUUGGUGAUUCUUGGCCUGUUGAGUUUAAAUAUAGCUCCAGGUUUGAGCCAGGGCUGAAACUUUCCCGGCUUGCUGUUCUCACCCGCUCCCAGGAGCAGCAAUUCCUCCUGCUAGUGUCCCAAACAAGCACCUGUUGAGUGCUGUAACACUAAGGCAUGAGGUGGGAUUUGGAAAAGAAUUUCCCUUUCUGCUGUUGAGAUUUCAGAGGCCUUGCUGCUGUAAUUCAGUUCUGCGUGAGACACUGGGAGAUGGUCGGACAACCUGAAACAUUGACCUGACUAUCGUGUAAAAACUGUGCAUAAUCCUCAAUGGAUAUUUAUAAGUUUUUAUUUUUUAUAACUUUGGGGGAAUCGUGGAGGGAAAAAGUAGUCAACAGAACCAGAUUAAGCAUGUGAUUUAUGAGCUCUUAAUAAAAGUUCAUAAUAAAAACUUUGUAAAUGAAACAGAAUUAUAAGCUUUGAACUUAAUUUGUAUGCAAAUGUUAUAGCAGUGAGUAAAGCUGUAUACCAAUAAGUAAGGCUUAGCCCUUAUGUUGGACAGAGUACCCUUUUCAACUGUCUAAAACUUUUUUUAUUUUGGAAGUCUGCAAACACAAAACUAGGGAGGAAAGUAUAUAUACUUUCCCUAUGUAUUCUUCACCCAACUUCAACACCUAUCAACAUCUUUUCUGUUUCAUCUAUUUCUUCUACUUUUUUCUUUUAUUUUUUAUUCCUAGAGUAUAUUUUAAAACAAAUCUAAGAGCUAUGUCAUGUAAUCUGUAAAUAUGUUGUUAUGCAUCUGAUAGACUUUUUAAAGUUUUUUUUGAGGUAAUUAUAGAUUGAGGAUGUUGCCCAAAAAAAAAAAUGUUCAGGAAGGUCCCAUGUACCCUUCACCCAGUUCCUUCAUUGGUAGCAUCUUGAAUAACUGUAGUAUAAUACCAAAGCCAGGAAAACGACAUUGGUACAAUCCACAGGGCUUAUUCACAUUCCACCAUUUUGUGUGUGUGUGUGUGUGUGUGUGUGUGUGUGUAGCUCUAUGCAAUUUUGUCAUGUGUACAUUCACAAUCAAGGUAUAGAACAUUGUGAGGGGGAGGGAUAAAUUGGGAGAUUGAGACAUAUACACACUAUACUAUAUAUAAAAUAGGUAACUAAUUAAGGCCUACUGUAUAUAGCAUAGGGAAGUCUACUCAAUAUGCUGUAAUGACCUAUAUGGGAAAAGAAUCUUAAAAAGAGUGGAUAUAUGUAUAUGUAUAACUGAUUCAUUUUACAGCAGAAACUAACACAACAUUGUAGGGACUUCCCUGGUGAUCCAGUGGUUAAGAAUCCGCCUUCCAAUGCAGGGGAUGCGGGUUUGAUCCCUGGUCGGGAAACUAGGAUCACACACGCUGCAGGGCAACUAAGCGCGCGCGCCACAACUACUGAGCUCACAUGCCUCAACAAGAGAGCCUGCGUGCCGCAAACUACAGAGCCCAUGCACCCUGGAGCCUGCACGCCACAACUAGAGAGAAGCCUGCACACCACAAUGAAGAGCCCGCACCGCAAUGAAAGAUCCCAUGUGCAGCAACUAAGACCCGACGCAGUCAAAAAAAUAAAGAAAAUAAAUAUUUUUAUAAAAGAACAAUGUAGCAGAUAAACUUAUUUAAAAAAACUAACAACAUUGUAACUAUACUCCAAUAAAAAUUAAAAUAUAUAUAGAACAUUUCCAUAACCACAAGGUUCCUUCAUGCUGUCUCCUUAUAACCACAUCCACCUCUCACCUCUUCUCCAUCCCUACCCCCUGGCAGCCACUGCUCUGUUCUCCAUCUCUAUAAUUUUAUUUAAAAAAUAUUAUAUAAAUGGAAUCAAAGUUUGUGACCUUUUGAAGUUGGCUUUUUUCACUUAGCAUAAGCGAGUGAGAGCCAUCCAGGUGGUUGUGUGUGUCAGUAGUUCCUUUCUUUUUAUUGCUGAGUAGUAUCCCAAGUAUGGAUGUACCAUGUCUGUUUAACCACUCACACAAGGAGGGACAUCUAGGCUGUUUCCAGUUUGGGGCUAUUACGAAUAAAGCAGCUAUAGACAUCUGUGUAUAGGUUUUUAUGUAAACAUAAGUUUUCAUUUCUCUGGAAUAAAUGCCCAAGAAUGCA